AUGGCUGAGAACGAUAACAAAGUUGUAUAUCUGAGAGUUCAUCUACACUACAAUGGUGUAUUUGUUCGACAUCCUUCUGGAUAUGUUGGUGGGAAUUACUUCCUCUUCACUGAUGUGGAUUGGGCAGGUAUGGAUGUAAGGGACUUUUUUGCUUUUCUUGAUAGAGCUAUUGGGGAAGAGUUUCAAAACCUCUACUACUGCUUACCUAACAUCCCUUUAUCUAGAGGGAUUUAUCCCAUUGUAGAUGAUUUGGAUUUUGCCCAGUUUAUAGAUACCGGAGUUCCACAGGCAAACGUGCAUCCACGAACCAAAAACGUCGAUAAAUCAACCACCACCCACCAAUCGUCCGUCGUAUACGACGGUGCCGUCAAUCAUCGCCGACUCAACUCCACUCCUAGUAAAUUUGAACGUCCCUUCAAGAUUUACACCACGAAGCUGAGCUGCUUAAUCUCAGAAAUUUAA